UUAUACGACCGGACGCGCUCCAAUGGCGCGUGCAGCUACUUCAUCUCUCAUUUCUCACAGUGUCCCACGCACACUCGCACUCACAUUCACAUUUCACACGCACAGCCACAGCCACACAGCACCUAACCCUAGUCACUAACCACUCACUACCAUCUCCAAUUUCUCCAAAUUCCCAAUUUUGAUCAAGACAAUUCCAUUUCUGAUCAAGACCCAGAUUCCCAAUUCUUCUAAAAUAGAAACUCACAGUGUCAAAAUUUUCACUAACUGAUUUUUUAUAGUGACCCCCAGGAGUUCCAAGUCAACUAAUUUUCUCACUGGUACUAUUUAUCUUUAAGGGGAAUCGUGAUGGAUUUCAGCUCAGGAGAGGAUUCAGAUAUUAGUGAAUCUGAAAUGGAUGAGUAUGAAGAUAAAACUUAUGAAAAAUUGAAGAAUGGGAAUCACAAUGUCAAAAACUCAAAUGAGACAUUCACUUGCCCCUACUGCCCGAAGAAGAAAAAACGAGAUUAUCUAUAUAAGGAACUUCUUCAGCAUGCUUCUGGGGUGGGCAACAGUAGUUCAGAUAAAAGAAGUGCAAAAGAGAAGGCUAAUCACCUUGCUCUGGUGAAAUAUUUGGAAAAGGAUUUAGCAAGUCCAUCAAAACCUGUGAACGAGAAUGAUCCUCCUGUUGGCUGCGACCACGAUGAGAAAUUAGUGUGGCCUUGGACAGGAAUUGUGGUUAACAUUCCAACUAAACGAACAGAGGAAGGGAGAUAUGUAGGAGAAAGUGGAUCCAAGCUGAGGGAUGAAUUGAAAAGUAGAGGGUUUAAUCCCACAAGGGUCCACCCUCUAUGGAAUUUUCGGGGUCAUUCAGGAAGUGCUGUUGUGGAAUUCUGCAAAGAUUGGCCGGGGUUACAUAAUGCCAUGUCAUUUGAGAGGGCUUAUGAGGCAGAUCAUCAUGGGAAAAAGGACUGGUUAGCUAAUAAUGACCAAAAAUCUGGUCUUUAUGCUUGGGUUGCCCGUGCAGAUGACUAUAAUUCAACUGGAAUUAUUGGGGACCACCUACAAAAGAUUGGAGAUGUUAGGACAAUUUCUGACAUUAUGGAGGAAGAAGCACGGAAGCAGGGUAAACUUGUGUCUAAUCUGAAAAACCUCAUUGAGGUCAAGAACAAGUGUUUGAAAGAAAUGGAGGAAAGAUGUACUCAAACUACAGUAUCCCUUAGCAACAUAAUAGAAGAGAAAGAUAAGCUCCUUCAAGCCUAUAAUGAAGAGAUUAAAAAGAUACAACUGAGUGCGAGGGAUCACUUUCAGAGGAUUUUUAAAGACCACGAAAAGCUCAAGUUGCUAGUGGAAUCUCAGAAAACUGAGCUUGAGCACCGUGGGGUAGAAUUGGAAAAGCGUGAGGCACGGAACGAGAGCGAAAGCAAAAAGCUCGCUGAAGAGAUUGAAAAGAAUGCUAUAAGAAAUAGUUCUUUGCAAUUGGCCUCAUUGGAGCAAGAAAAGGCUGAUGUGAAUGUAUUGAAACUGGCUGAAGAUCAGAAGAGGCAAAAGGAGGAACUCCAUAAGAGAAUAAUUCAAUUAGAAAAGCAACUGGAUGCAAAACAAGCACUGGAAUUGGAAAUUGAGAGAUUGAGAGGGUCAUUAAAUGUCAUGAAGCACAUGGGAGACGAUGGAGAUGUGGAAAUUCUGGAAAAAGUGGAUACAAUACUCAAACAGUUGCGAGAAAAAGAAGGAGAACUUGAAGAUUUAGAAGCUUUGAACCAAACAUUAAUAGUGAAGGAGCGCAAGAGCAAUGAUGAGCUGCAAGAAGCUCGAAAAGAAUUAGUUAAUGACCUGAAAGACUUAGCUAGCCGUGCUCAUAUUGGCGUUAAGAGAAUGGGAGAACUUGACAGUAAACCAUUCCAUGAAGCAAUGAAAAGAAAGUAUAAUGAGGAAGAAGCAGAAGACAGAGCUUCAGAGCUAUGCUCAUUGUGGGAGGAAUAUCUGAAGGACCCUGACUGGCAUCCUUUGAAAGUUAUUACAGUUGAUGGGAACCAUCAGCAAGUUAUAGAUGAAGAAGAUGAGAAAUUGAAUGAUCUGAGGAAAGAAUUGGGUGAUGAAGUUUACAAGGCUGUGACAGCAGCUUUAAUGGAGAUAAAUGAAUACAAUCCUAGUGGGCGGUAUAUAAUAUCAGAAUUGUGGAACUAUCCAGAGGGAAGAAGAGCUACACUUGAAGAGGGGGUCAUGUUUAUAUUGAAGCAAUGGAAAGUAGCUAAACGCAAAAGGGGAAUGAGUUGAAGGUUGGUGAAAUAAUAUAUCUGAGUCCUUUAACGGAACAAUGUAGUGGAAUUUGGAAGACAUGUCACUGAGAGAUGGAAUAAGCUGCCCGCUUACAUGAUGGUGGCGGGUGUUCAAGGCAUGUGUUCUCUGUAAUUUAUUGUGUUUCAUAUAGGAGGGACCUUUUCUCUCCAAGUCUCCAUUGAACAACUUGUUGAAAGCAACUGCAUAUUUAGCAUUCUUCUUGUUCAAUGGAUGGGAAACUUGAUGGAAAAUCUAUUUGAAAAUGCAGUGUAGCCUUCAAUCUAAAACUUGUGUUUUAAAAUAAACUUAUUUUCUUCCCC